GUGGCUGCGACCUAAGCUUCGCAUCUCCUCUUCCUCUUGAAUAGCGAUAGGGCCGCGAGUCCUGACGAUCGCAUGGGAUAGAAAGAAAGCAAAACACCCAAACCAGAAAGCGAGCGACGCAGGGGGAAACCGGGAAAGAAGUCAUGGCUUCGAGUUCUGCUGUCUUUCAGUGCCCAACUUCUCCCCGACCUCUCAUCGCGGGCCACCGCACUGCUGUUUUCGGCCGCCGUCGCCUUUCCGUCCGGAUUACGACGUCCGCUCUCUCUCGGAGGAAGCCCCUUCGCCAUAUCGUGGCCUCUGCCGCUGGUAGCACCCUGUCGCUGCCGUUCGUCAAGAGGAAGCCCUGCUUCAAUGUUGUGGCCUCCUCCUCUACAGUCGACAUCCCUCCCGCCUUCUCUGACUCCAACUUCCUCGAUGCUCUCGAGCGCUGCUUCGCCGCUUCACCGGAUUCCGGACCCUCCUCUUCUGCCAAUGGCGUGAUGCUCUCGCCGACGAUGAAGAAAGAGUAUGGGGCGUAUGGUGCGGUUACUCUCGAGAAGUCUAAGUUGGAUCUCUCUCAAAAGACAACUAAGUCGAGUCCCGAAUUAGCGACAGGUGGGGGAGGUGGAGAUAUUGGAAAGAAAAAUUUUCAUGGAGGGGGUGAUGGAGGUGAUGAUGAUGGUGAUGAUGAUGACUACUUUGAUGACUUUGAUGAUGGAGAUGAAGGAGAUGAAGGGGGAUGGUUCAGAAAGAGGAUUGUUAUAAAGGAGUUUUUUGAUAGGGAAUUUGUUGAUGCUGUCUUUAAUGAGUGGUAUAAAACCAUGGCAGAUUUGCCUGGUGGACUACGGCAAGCUUGUGAAAUGGGUUUGGUGAGCUCAGCACAAUUGGUUCGUUUUUUAUCAAUCAAUGCCAGACCAACAACAUCUAGGCUUAUUUCUCGAGCUCUUUCUCCAUCCCUGUCAAGAGCCUUCAUUGGAAGGAUGAUCGCUGACCCAUCUUUCCUUUACAAGCUACUAUUGGAGCAAGCCGCCACUAUAGGCAGUACUGUUUGGUGGGAGUUGAAGAACCGCAAAGGAAGGAUUAAAGAAGAGUGGGAUUUGGCACUUAUUAAUGUUGUGACAGUAGCUACCUGCAAUGCUUUCAUUGUCUGGUCACUUGCACCUUGCCGUUCAUAUGGGAGCACCUUUCGGUUUGACUUGCAAAAUACAAUACAGAAGCUCCCUAAUAAUAUUUUUGAGAAGAGUUAUCCUAUGAGAGAGUUUGAUUUACACAAGAGAAUUCACUCUUUCUUUUAUAAGGCUGCAGAACUUUGUUUGGUUGGGUUAACAGCUGGAUCAAUUCAAGGUUCCUUGUCGAAAGCAAUUUCCUCAAGGAAGGAAGGAAGGCUAUCAGUUACCAUUCCAUCUGUGAGCAACAAUGCUCUUGGCUAUGGGGCUUUCUUAGGGCUCUAUUCAAACUUACGCUAUCAGUUAAUAUGUGGGAUUGACAGAGCUAUGUUUGAUCGCUUUGAUGUCCUGGGUGUUGCGAUGAUAUUCAGCACCGUAUUGAGGGUUUUGAAUGUUCAUGUUGGGGAGAGUUCCAGACUUGCUUGGCUAGGAAUUGAAGCAGAUCCACUCGUUCAUUCAGAUACUCUCCUCAAAGCCUACAGCAGGCCACCAGAUGCUGCUAUUAACCAGCCAUCUUCAAACUGGUUCAUUUCCAAGAACGCCAUAAUAUCUGGUCUUGGAUUAAUUGGUCUCGGUCAGAAGUCUGGAGAUUCAGCGGACAAACGUUCAAAGCCUCGGCGAAAGAGAGUUUUAAAGAAAAAGAUGAGCACAAGCUCGGCGUAGAAAUUGAUUUCAGAAAUUUUUAUGAUUGGGACCUUUUUUUAGGUUUCGUUUGGGAUAUAGUUUUCGUAUUGCUUUUUAAAUCAACUUUUUAGUAUAAAAAUUUUAAUUUUUAAACUAAAAAGUUAUUUUAAGAAGCAAUAAAAAGCGGUCACAAACGAAGCCUUAAGUGUGCUUGAAAACUUUGCGCCAGUGCUGUUUGAGAUUCUGGUUGGAGAAGUCUGAGCUUGAGGGAAUAAAUGCGAGGAAACCAGCAGAGAAGCAUGGCGGCCAUUUCUCUUUUACAGAGCUGCAUUGAACAAGAUAGCCAAUUUUGGCAUAUUAUUUAUUUUUUUUUUAAUUGAAUAGCUUCAGUUCUGUCAAUAUUUUCCAACUACGAAUUCACAGUCUUCCAAUGCUGUGGAUUAUAUCUUUUUGGGCCUGAGAAAUGAAUGAUUAGAUGAUAUAAUUUCAAGUAUUAAUAAACAUUACCACCUUCUUAUUUGAUCAUUAGUUAUUAA